ACUCCCAUCGACAUCUUGUGCAUCAUUUUUUUUUUUGGUGGGGAGGGGGAUUAAUUAUGUGUCCCUUCUAACGCACAGAUGACAGCGUAACCGGGGCAGCAAACUGCUAAGGUACCAAAAUACAGCCGCUUUGUUGAAUAGGAUCUGUUGUGACUGGACAUGAAUUCGGCGGAACAGACGGUUACAUGGUUGAUUACGCUCGGGGUGCUGGAAUCGCCGAAGAAGACCAUCUCGGAUCCUGAAGCAUUUCUGCAGACCUCCCUGAAAGAUGGGGUGGUCUUGUGUAGACUGCUGGAGCGGCUCAGCCCGGGGUCCACGGAGAAAAUUUACCAAGAACCGAAAAACGACGGCGAGUGUUUGAGCAACAUAAAGGAGUUUCUCAAGGGCUGCACAUCGUUUCGCGUCGAGCCAUUUGAGGCCAGUGACCUGCUGCUGGGACUGAACUUCUCAAAGGUGCUGAGCAGUCUGGUUGCUCUGAAUAAAGUGACUGCAGAUAUUGGUGUGGGCAGUGAUUCAGUGUGCGCCCGACACUCUUCAGCCCAUCGCAUCAAGUCAUUUGAGUCCCUGUCCUCUCAGGCUUCACUGGGCCGAUCUUCCAAGCUGAUGCAGAACCAGUUUCGCAGUCUGGAUAUGUCUGAAAACAGUGGACAGCAGCUGCUGGUGAGGGCACGUUUCAACUUCCAGCAGACCAACGAGGAUGAGCUCACCUUUACCAAGGGUGACAUCAUCAGUGUGACUCGUCAGGAGGACGGCGGCUGGUGGGAGGGCAUGCUCAAUGGCAGGACUGGGUGGUUUCCUAGUAACUAUGUUCGCGAGGUCAAAGGCUCUGACAAACAAGUGUCCCCCAAGUCUGGCACUCUUAAGAGCCCACCUAAAGGCUUUGACACUUCUGCAAUCAGCAAGACGUACUAUAACUUGGUGUUGCAGAACAUUUUAGAAACGGAGACAGAAUAUUCUAAGGACCUUCAGAGCCUCUUGACGAACUACCUGCGACCUCUUCAGAGCAUCGACAAACUGAGCAGCUCAGAUGUGGCUCUGAUUUUGGGCAACCUUGAAGAGAUCAGCACCUUCCAGCAGAUGCUCGUCCAGUCGCUGGAGGAGUGCACCAAGCUUCCAGAGAGCCAGCAAAGGGUGGGAGGCUUCUUCCUCAACCUCAUGCCACAGAUGAAGGCUCUUUAUGCCGGUUACUGCUCCAACCACCCCUCUGCAGUUAAUGUGCUCACCCAGCACGGUGAAGUACUGGGGGAGUUUAUGGAGGGGAGGGGGGCAGUCAGUCCUGGGAUCCUCACCCUGACCACAGGCCUCAGUAAACCCUUCAUGAGACUCGACAAAUACCCCAACUUACUCAAAGAGCUGGAGAGGCACAUGGAGGAGAGCCAUCCUGACCGGCCAGACAUUCUGAAGUGCAUGGCGUCUUUCAAAAAUCUAUCUGCUCAGUGUCAGGAGGUGCGGAAGCGUAAGGAGCUGGAGCUGCAGAUUCUCACCGAGUCCAUCCGGUUGUGGGAGGGGGAUGACAUUAAGACCCUGGGCUCUGUGCUCUACAUGAGCCAGGUCUUAGUUCAAAGUCCUGGCUCCGAGGAGAAGAGUGAGCGUUACCUCAUGCUCUUCCCUCACAUCCUCCUCAUGCUGUCUGCCAGCCCCAGGAUGAGUGGCUUCAUAUUCCAGGGAAAAUUGCCCCUGGCCAGCAUGACAGUGACCAAACUAGAAGACUGUGAAGCCCAUAAAAACGCCUUUGAACUCAAUGGCACCAUGUUUGACCGUCUCCAGGUAGUGUGCACCAACCAGCAGGACCUGCAGGACUGGGUGGAACACCUGACCAGACAGAUAAAGCACACUGCAGCCACAGCACCCAGCCACAAACCACUCACUGUUCCCUGCCACACGCUACCAUCUCACCCUCUCACCCCAUCCCGGCAUGCUGAUGGGAGGGCCAUGACAGUGGCUCCCACCUACCACACCCUGCCUCACCCAUCUUCCCAUGGAACGUCUCACAGCACCCUGAUGUGGGGUCCACUGGAACCACCCAACACCCCCAAACCCUGGAGUCUGAGCUGUCUGCGGCCUGCACCCCCUUUACGGCCCUCUGCAGCUCUCUGCUACAAGGAGGAUCUUAGUAAAAGUCCUAAGAGUGUGAAGAAACUCCUUCCCAAGCGCAAGCCGGAGAGGAAACAGUCUGAGGAGGAAUUUGCCUUGAGGAAAAGUACAGCUGCUCUGGAGGAAGAUGCCCAAAUCCUGAAAGUUAUUGAGGCAUACUGCACCAGUGCCAAAACCAGGCAGACUCUUAACUCCACCUGGCAGGGCACUGACCUGAUGCACAACCACGUGCUGGCCGACGCGGACCGGUCCUGUAUGGACUCGCCGGGCCGCCGUAGCAGCGUGUCUCGGCCAGAAUUGUCCUCUGACCUUUCAGAGGACUCUGACUAUGACUCCAUCUGGACCACCCACAGUUACAGGAUGGGUUCAGUGCCGCGGCCGCGAAGGGAAACCGGGCCACAUGUGAUCAUCCCUGGUGAGAAGAAAGUCCCGUUGGAGGAUCCCAGUCGCAAUGGACAAAGUGCAGUGGAAGAAAAGAGCGUGGUGGAUGUGGUGUACGCCCUGAGGGACGAGGUUCAAGAGCUGAAACAGGACAACAAGAAGGUCAAGAAGUCACUGGAGGAGGAGCAGAGAGCACGGAAGGAUCUGGAAAAGGUCGUGAGGAGGGUGUUGAAGAGCAUGAACGACCCAACAUGGGAUGAGACAAACCUUUGAGGAUCUCCAUCUGAAGCUUUGAAAAGAGAAAAGAAAGUGUCACACACGUUAUUUAAAGAUGGUUGUGCGAGUGAGAAAAUAAGAGUGAAUCUGUAAGCAGGUAAUUGUGUGCUUGUUUGAGAUGGAUGUGUGUGUUUGCUCUGAGAGGAGUGUCAAGGUGGUGAAAAGACAGGAAUCACUGUGUAACGCUGAACAAGCUUGACCAUCUAUCCCACGAUAACAUUCCUUGAACACCAAACAAGAUGGUGAGGAUAUUAACCCUCAGUGUGUCCAUCUCUUCAACCUCUAUCAUCGGUGUCCUUGGGGAGUGUUCAGCGUGGCUGGAAGACAAGUCGAGAGAAGUCUUCUCCCUCUGUUUACAAUCAUUUAACAGUACGCAGUCCAAUGGUACAUAAAUGGUUCUGUAAUGGUCUCAAAGGCCUCGGACAAGUCUGAUCUGAAACCAUUUCAUUUCAUGACCUCUCUUAUGUUAUUUAAUUUUUUUUAUGUUCUGUCUCCUUCCCUGACACAGCCUGGUGUUUUUUCCUUGUUGUUGUGACCACUUUGCGGUUUGACUUUCUUUCUAGGCAUCAUAGGGAAUUGUACAGAUAUUGAACUUGUACUGUAAUGUAAAUACUGCUAAAAGAUGAGCCUUUGUCCGUUGGGAGAAAUAAAUGCUGUUAUACGAA